GCUGUACUCCGUACUGACACGCAGCAAUGCAGGUUUCCUUGCGGGGUUGCUGCGCGGUGACGAUGAACGGUGUCUCCCCGGUCGAAUCCCAUGUGAUGUGUUGGUCACUCAUGUUGGUCUUGCGUGUCCCAUGCUCGGCCGAGCUUUUCGCUCAGUAUGCUUCGGUCAUCGACUAUGGCCGCAAACGAAACGGUAUCGGUACUUCAGAUAAAUUGUUCAGUAUUGCUUAUCGUCGGAUCAAACCUCAAGCAUGGCGGGAGACGCCAAUGUCACAGAUAUUCCGAGCGAGGCACAAACUCCAAUACCACCAAAAGCCAAGAAGAUAUCCUAUCUUAGUCUACCUCACAAAGGUCAACUCGCGAUACUAUGUCUCGCCCGAAUGGCAGAUCCACUGGCACAGACGUCCAUUCAGUCAUACAUGUUCUAUCAACUCAAGUUCUUUGACCCAUCGCUGUCCGACGCUGCCAUCUCGGCACAAGCGGGGUUCCUGAUCAGUGCGAAAACCGCCGCUCAAGUAUGUUCUGGAUUGCUAUGGGGUCGACUCGCCGACUCGGAGAACGGGGGAAGGAAAUUGGUGCUUCUCAUCGGUCUUGCCAGCUGCUGCAUCUCCUACCUCGGUUACGGUCUGGCACGAAGCUUUGCCGCAGCUACGAUAUUCCAGGUACUCGGGGGAUCGUUGAGCAGCAACGUCGCAUUGACACGAUGUGUCGUCGCGGAGCUCAAUCCAGAGAAAGCAUACCGAGCAAGGGCUCUCCUCCUGCUCCCACUGUUUGCCAAUGCCGGAAAUCUUCUCGGUCCACUUAUAGGAGGCCUUCUCAGCUCAAACGCUAGAGAUGCACCGAGUCAAGGGCAGUAUCCUUACUUGGCACCAAAUCUGUGCGUGGCAGCUGUGUACUUUGUCGCCGCUCUGGGCGUACUCUUCGGACUCAACGAGACGCUCGAAAGUAUCCAGCACUCCAACGAAACGCGAUUGCACCGGGCGAUCAGAAAAGUCCAGCAAUUCUUCUCCAAAGAGCCUUCGGAACAUUACCAAUACGCAGCAGUCCGGGAUAAUGACAGCGAGGCGGCCAUGUCGCCCAUUAGCACGACCGAGUCCAGCCCUGCCAUCCCUAAGCGGCCCAGACGUAAGCGCAAGCUACCAUUCCGUCGGAUCUGGACAUUCAACGUCGUUUGUACCAUGCUUUCUCACUUUGUAAUUGCUGGACAUCUGGGCACCUUUUCGAGCCUGUGGGCGAUAUUUCUGAGUACGCCUGUUGGAGAUGCAGAAGCUCGGCAUCCUCCUUUCGUGUUCAACGGAGGUCUGGGCAUGCUGCCUCGUGAUGUCGGAUUCGCCAUGGCGCUCCUCGGGGCCAUCGGAGUGUUACUUCAGCUCGUGGUGUAUCCAUUAUUGCAAGACCGCUUUGGCACCAUCCGGAUUUGGCGCUGUGCUCUCUUGGUCUUCCCAAUCGUCUACAUCCUUGCGCCAUUUCCCUCGCUCGUGGCAUCCGCACCCUCACAAAGGGGUGACACAACUCCAGUACUCGUCUGGCUCGCGACCGCGGGCGUUAUUGUGCUGUUCAUUGUUGGCCGAACAGGAGUUACGCCAGCAACAACGCUGCUGAUCAAUGAUUGCACACCGCACCCUUCUGUCCGUGGUACGAUCCACACUACUGGAACCGUCGUCGGAAAUCUUGCCCGAUCAUUCUUUCCCAUUGGCGCCCUGGCUAUCUUUGGACAAGGACUUCGCAUCGGGGUCGUGGGCUUGGGAUUCUGGUGUCUCAUGGCGCUGGCGAUCUUGUCGUACGUCGCGAGCUUGUGGGUCACAGAAGGAUCCAAUGGCCUGGAGAUCAACCUUGAUGACGAGGAAGACAGCGAGGAAGAGUGAACAUCCUUGGUUUAUUAGCCCGAGUAUGCUACGGGAGGU